AUGCUUUCCACGGGUACCAUUCCCCAGUGUCUCAAAUCCAUACACAACACCUUCGCAAGCAUAGUACCAAACCAAUCCCUCGGCAUUCCUAUAUCUCUCUUUGCCGGCUUGGCAGCCACUUCGUUGAUUUUCUUGACACUUCGCGAUACUUGUACACCUACACACAUCACCAGGAUUUCUUCGUCAGAAUCACAAUUAGACGCAAAAACGAAUUCUCACAUAAUUUCCAGUCCUAUGAAGACUCAAAUUCCUACAUUGUCCCACGAAGAAAAAUCCACGCUACCUUACCCGCCGGAUAUAUUUCCCGGCGCCCGUGACGUUCCCAGUCCCUAUGGCAGCACACGAGCAUAUGAAUUUGGUCCCGUGACCGGCCCCAAGGUGCUCCUCGUCCAUGGGAUUUCCACUCCGUGUAUUGCUCUCCACUCUCUCGCUACUACUCUCGCUACCACGCACGGAUGCAGAGUCCUCCUUUUCGAUCUUUUUGGGAGAGGAUACUCGGAUGGUGUGAGCGAUUUGCCGCAUGAUGAGAGACUUUAUACGACGCAGGUUUUGCUUGUGCUUACUUCUUCCUCGCUAUGUUGGGUUGGGGAUGGGUUUCACAUUAUUGGAUUUUCAAUGGGUGGGGGUAUUGCGGCGGAUUUCGCAGUCGCGUUUCCAAAAAUGGUGAAAGAUGUGAUUUUGUUGGCGCCAGCGGGUUUGAUUAGAGAGGAACAUUUUGGUUGGAAAGGGAAGAUGAUGAGGAAGUGGUGGUUUCCUGAUGGGCUAUGGGGGUGGAUUCUUAGGAGAAGAGUUAGCGGGUCCUACGAUACCGAGCCAAGUCCUUCAUCUUCUCCUCCUACUCCUCUCCAAAUCUCCGAUCCGCAAGCUGAUGAUAAACAAUAUGAGAGCCAAGGACAAGUAGACUCGGAACUCACAACUGCUGUUCCCGCUUCUUCUGCUGCAACGAACACAGAUACUAGGUUGUCAUUUGAUGAUACACCUAUAUCAUCCCUGCUACCAUAUAUAACUGUAGGACAAGUGAUGCGGUGGCAAACACAGCAGCAUCGGGGAUAUGCAAAUGCAUUUGCGAGUUCAAUCAUGUAUGCGUCAGUUUCCGGACGCAUGGAAACAUACAAGGGACUCUGGGGUCCCCGGGCUAGCAGCGCUGGCGAGGAGAAGAGCGAACAUAACAAGCGAGAGAAGAUUUUGAUCAUAGUAGGAGAACAUGACGAUGUUAUUUUAGCGGAAGAGUUAAAAGCAGACUUAAAGACAGCGGUGAUGGAAAGAUUCGGAAUGAGAGAUGAUGGGAGUGAUAUUUUUGAUGAGAAAAUUACCUGGAAAGUCAUCGAGUGUGCGGGUCAUGAAUUCCCAAUCACGAGGGGAGAGGAGAUCGCGAGCUGCAUUGGGGAAUUUCUACGUAUAUGA